AUGGGCCUGACCGAUACAAACGCGUCCGUCAUGACAUCUCCCAGUUGGCGAUAUUGUCUCCACAUUGCAUACUAUGGAACCGAUUUCAUUGGCUGGCAACGACAGCAUCAAGAGGUGAAGAGCAGCUCGGGGCUCGACAGUGUUCAGGAAGUCGUGGAGGCUGCAGUCACGGAGACGUUAGGAGCCCCACAGCGCGUGAACGUCACUGGAGUCAGUCGGACGGAUGCAGGGACUCAUGCUCUAUAUCAAAUGGGGUUCAUCCGACUUGCUUCAGAACUGCCCAUGUCGUUGCAACAAUUGAAAGAUCGAGUGAAUGCCAGAUUGGGACAUGGUCAAGUCGUGGUGCUGGGUGUGACGAUCCCGACGACGGGGCCCGCGCGGAUCCGGUCACGCUACAAGAAGUACAUUUACUAUUUGCAGCAAGGACAUCGACCAGAUCUUGAGCUGGGCAAGUACUCGUGGUUUCUUGGUAGAAGACUGGACAUUCAGCGGAUACGAGACGCGCUAGAAUUUUUGGAGGGCACGCAUGACUUCCGACCAUUCUCCCAGGGACUUCAGAGACCGCAGUUCAAGGAUAUGGCAACCUCGCGCACGAUCAUAUCGGCCAAAGUCAUCGUUCGACGAAACGUGAACUUUUCCCUUGAUCCCGCAGUGUGCGGUAGUGGUGACAUCAUCGACGCGAAAGACAUGUACCAAGACUUUCAUUCAAACGUAGGCACCGUCGACACACACCCUUGGAAUGAGAACAAGGCUGCUGCAGUCAAUGGGCUUGAGAAGCAGAAGACCAAGUAUGCUAAAGGAGUCGUGCCCGUGCACUUUGUCUGCAUUGAGCUGGUUGCCAAUGGUUUUCUACGACACAUGGUACGACGCAUCAUUGGAACGUUGCGGCCAAUUGGUGAGGGUACCCAGCCAGCUUGCCGCAUGCAGCAGGUAUUGACAGGUGAAGUCCCGCCUGGUCCGUCGGCGCCAGCUAAAGCUCUUUGGCUGCAUCGCACUUGGCUCACGCAGGAGCAGUAUGACUCAGAUCACAUGGCUGAAGAGUAG